AUGCAGAUAUUCGUGAAAACCCUCACGGGGAAAACCAUAACCCUGGAGGUGGAAUCCUCCGAUACCAUUGACAAUGUCAAGGCUAAGAUCCAGGAUAAGGAGGGCAUCCCACCGGACCAGCAGCGUCUAAUAUUCGCCGGAAAACAGCUUGAAGACGGUCGUACACUCGCCGACUAUAAUAUCCAGAAGGAGUCCACUCUCCACCUCGUCCUCCGCCUCCGCGGUGGCGCUAAGAAGCGCAAGAAGAAGACCUACACUAAGCCGAAGAAGAUUAAGCACAAGAAGAAGAAGGUCAAGCUCGCCGUACUUCAGUUCUACAAGGUCGAGGAUUCUGGCAAGGUACAGAGACUGCGUAAGGAGUGCCCCAAUGCUGAAUGUGGCGCCGGAACUUUUAUGGCUAACCAUUUUGAUCGUCACUAUUGCGGUAAGUGUGGCCUCACCUAUGUCUACAAUAAGGUUGGCGGCGACUGA